CAUUGGCGGUAGCUCGUGUGUAAACUGUGAACUGCGAAUUGCAUUAAAGAGUGACCGGCCGGUGGCGGUGACCCAGCAUGAACCAACACUUCUGCUAAAGGAUUUAGGGAGGCGCCGUGCCGGUUCUGUUCUGCUGGGAAGGACCGAUGGCCAGUUAGCCCUGGUGAAGAAGCUUUAUAAAGAUGACACAACAAGCUGCAGCGCUGCAGACCUACAACAACGAGCUGGUCAAAUGUAUUGAGGACCUGUGCUCCAAGCGUGAUGAGCUGAACAGCCAGAUAAAGCAGGAGGAGGAGGAGAGGGAGCGACUGGAGCACGACAUCCAUGUCCUCUCAGAGAAGCUGAGCAGAGUCAAUAAAAGCUUGGAACAAAGACUCGCUGCCCGCGCCACCUUUGACCGCACCAUUGCAGAGACGGAGGCUGCAUACACAAAGAUCUUGGAGAGUUCCCAGUCUCUUCUCAGUGUCUUGAAACAGGAGGCAGGAAACCUCAGUAAAGCCACAGAGCCUCGGAGAAGAGAGCACUACCAGCAAUGAAAUGAAUGUUCACAAAUGAACUGUGUGCACAGUGCUACACUCAUAUGCACUUCUACAGCAUCGUUGUCCAUUAUUGUCUUGUAUAUUCUUAAAUUCAAUAAAUGUUUUAUUCAUU